GCUACGUUUUAUUAGCGUUUGACAGCAGAAGAAUUGUGCCGUUGUUAAGGAGGGAAAAACACGUCCUCUGUGUGCUCAUGGGACGUUUUUACCCAGACUGUCUUGCAUCUGCUUAUUAAUUAUUGCUAUGCAUUGUAAUGCUGAAAAUUAACUGAUGAUUAACCUCGACCUCCAUGUCUGCCGUCACUUAUCAGCCCAACACUUGUGUCCCAUUUUUUCCACUUUUGCUGCAGCACGAUGCAUUCUCCUCUAAUCUAGCAUGUUAGCCUGGGAUGCAAAUAAACGAGAAACGUCCUGCAGCCAUUUAUUUGCAUGUACACAAAUCAUGAAGGCUUGAGCAGGGCCACCAGGAGGGAGGUAUAAAUGUAUGGGCGCGCUCACCUGGGCCUCUAUGAGCAUGUCAGCAUAAGGCUUUUAAAUGGCUCACUGUAUCACUACUACUGGACUAGAAAAGCAAAGUGACCUCCUGCAAACACACUGUCGCCCGUAAGCCACAAGUCAUGAUGGAGACAGAGUAUUCUAAGAGAGUGUACCAAGGCGUGAGGGUCAAGCACACAGUCAAAGACCUGCUAGCUGAGAAACGAUCAAGGCAAACAAAUGUACCACGAUUCAGCGCUGCAGCCAGUUCCUCCCAGCCUACUUUUGUACAAAUGCCAGGUGCUCACAUGCUUCCUGGAUACUACAGCAUGCGGAGGCCUUUCCUGCCCGAUUCCGAACUGUGUCACCCAAUGAAGCAGUACUCCUCAGACUCAUACUCUUCUGCUCUGGGCAGCAAGGCCUUCUCUUAUGAGCAUUCAUCCAGCUACCCUUCUUUUAUCGACAGCUACUACCAGCCAGAUUCUUUCGGAGAUUACAGAAGCGCGACUGCUUACACAGCUGGUGGAGGGUCACUGUUUUCCCCGUCUGCACUGUCCACACUGCUGCCUACUCUGUCCAGUGAGACAUCAUCACAUCUGCUCCUGAGAGAUCCAUGGGAGCAGCCUUCAGAAGAUCAUGUCAGUCAGCCAGAGGUUCUUUGCCCUGAAGGCACAGCCCCCGUGGCAGAUUCCCCGUCUCUGGGUGCUGAUUCGGGCAGCUCUUCUCCAUAUCGGCUUUCGACGAGCCGUGGCAGCGGAUCUGUCCCCUCUAGCUCCCAGCCUUACACUCUGCAGACACUGGAAGACGUCCAUUACCCAGCUACCAGCUACAGCUCAGCCUCUAGCUACUCCUGCCCUCCAUACAUGACUAAUCCGGGCGAUCUGACCGCGGUGAAAAUGGCGUCUGUCUCAUCAGAUGAGGCUGGUGGUGGCGUAGCAUCUCUCAGUGACACCACUGCUCAAGGAUGGGCCAAAGAUGAUGGAACCAGCUCAUGGAUGUCCUAUGAGACAUCCAUAAGGAGGGCCUUUUAAAAGGCUUUAAAGCACUUAAGUGGAUGUAGAACUGAACUGAUAAAGAAGUUAAAACCUGAAAUAUGGCACCCCAAAACUUUUGGACUUUUGGUUGAAGUUUGCAAUAAGCAUAAAUGCCUAUAUUAAUGCAGUUGAUAGCUGUGAAACAGCUUUUGUAGAUGUUAGGAAUUCUAUUUUGAAGAUGACCUUAAACAAAGGUUUCUGUUGGAUUCAUUGACAGUUAUUAUGAAUAGCUCUAGGAAAAUAACUGUGGGAAAAUUAAGUAAUCAAAGUUAUUUUAUUACUCUUUGUCUUUUAAGAAUGAUUGGUACUGACAUAUUAAACCUGCUUCAGACCAGCCAUGUUCACCAAUAUGAAGGUUUAAAGCCAUUGCAGGUGAUAUUUUCUAUGCUUGUACUAACAUUCAUUACAUUUUAGCAUUUUAGAGAUAAUAAUAGAUCAAAUUUCAGAUUCAGCAACUGCAGAAACUACACCUUUUUUUUUUACCUAUUUCUCAAACAAAAAAAGUUAAUUUUCUCCUUUCUUGGACAGACAUAAACAUUCCUGUGCACCUGAAACUUUGGUUAAUUAUUAUAUAAUUAUUUUUUUAUAAUUACUGUCAAUACAUAUUUGUUAAAACAAUAUUAGUAGAUUGUGAAGCCCAGCAUUAAGGGGGAUUUCAGAUGACCGGUCACGGGUAGUUAAGGUAGUAAAAACACUGAUAGGUUUUAUAUUGAUAGGCAGUUCAUAUUGUUUGUCUUAUGUUUUUGUGCCAAGAAAACUAUCCGAGGAAAAUAAAAGACUUUUUCUUUAGUCACAAA